UUUAAGGUGGCGUCUUGGAGUCCUAACUUAUUUGACUCAAUAAGUUGUUUAACUGUUAUAAUUGUAAAGGUAUUUGUCCUCUGUGUGUGUGUACAGUGUCUUGAAAUGGUAAUCCAUAUGGAAGGGCUCCAUAAAAUAAAGUUGAAGUUUCAUUGUUGACUGUCAUCUGCCAUUUUCCUGAUCUUCUAGGAUGGAAAUCUGCAAGUGUGGUUACCUGAAGAGUGCUCACAGUGCAGAGGCCUUCCACUAUGCAGGAUCACCCAGUGAUAACUGGCACCCGAAGACGCACACCCGCGAAGUGCCCACCGAUGCCUUUGGGACCAUGACCUUUUCCAGCCUGGGGAAAAACAAUGCCAGGUAUGUCCGAGUAUCUGCUGACACUCCCCCCGAGAAGCUGUAUAAACUGCUCACAUCCUCCUGGCAGCUCGAUGUGCCCAACCUGCUGAUCUCAGUUACUGGAGGCGCCAAGAACUUUGUUAUGAGGCCCCAACUAAGGAACAUGUUCCACCGAGGCUUAAUCAAGGUGGCCCAGUCAACAGGUGCCUGGAUUAUCACAGGUGGUACACAUGCUGGUGUCAUGAAACAUGUUGGGGAGGCGGUACGAGACUCUGCCAUGAGCAGUACCAACAAAGAUGGGAGGAUUGUGGCCAUUGGCAUAGCCACCUGGGGGAUUGUGUACGACCAGGCCAGUCUGAUCAGAAGUCCGGGGAGCUACUUGCCGGCUGAGUAUACCAUUAAUGAGGCAAAGCAGGGCCGGCUGUCAUGUCUGGACUGCAAUCACUCGCAUUUCAUCCUGGUUGAUGAUGGUACCCAGGGCGUCUAUGGUGUGGAGAUUGAGCUGAGGGCCAAACUGGAAAGAUUUAUUGCCAACCAGACCAUGGGCUUGAGUGUGGGAAUAAACAUUCCAGCCGUGUGUGUCGUGCUGGAGGGCGGCCCGGGCACCUUGGACACCAUCUACAAUGCCAUGCUCAAUGGCACUCCCUGCGUGAUCCUCGAGGGUUCGGGUCGAGUCGCCGAUGUGAUCGCACAGGUUGCCAACCUACCUCUUUCCCGGAUCACAGUGGAACAGGUGCAAAAGCAUCUUAAGACGUUCUUUGCCGAGGACUUUGACUCCUUCUCUGAGGAAAAGAUGAUCGAAUGGACAAAGAAGAUUCAGGACAUUGUGAGAAUGCCUCAACUCUUGACGGUCUUCCGAAUGGACAAGGAGGUCAACAAGGAAGUGGAUGUGGCCAUCCUGCAGGCUCUGCUCAAAGCUUCAAAGAGUGUGGACUAUCGUGGACAGGACAACUGGGAGCACCAGCUAAAGCUUGCUGUGGCAUGGAACCGGAUGGACAUUGCCAAGAGCAAGAUCUUUACUGAUGAUCGGCUCCUGAAGUCGGCAGAUCUGCGUAAUGCGAUGGUGGCAGCACUGAUUGGUGACAAACCUGAUUUUGUGAGGCUCUUCCUGGAGAACGGUGUGAACCUCCAAGAAGUUAUGACUGACAGUGUUGUUCUGGAGCUCUUUAACAACUUGUCUCCCGGUAGCCUGAUCUACCGCAUGCUGGUAAAGGAACUGAAGGAGGACAAGUCGGAGGGGCCUGAGCUGGCAAAAGGCCAAUGGAAGAUCAACAUGCAUCACGUGUCCAAUGUUCUUCGGGAGCUUCUUGGAGACUUCACCCAGCCACUUUACCCCUGGCAUCGGAGCAACUCCAAGUUUGCAGUGUUACUACAUAUGGAGCACAAUGGGAAUUCUGAGCGAACUAAUUUGCACUCCAGGGCCUUUGGGAGAGAAAGAAAGCAAAAGGAAGUAUUUGAAGAUCCUGUUCGAGACCUCUUCAUCUGGACAAUACUCCAGUGCAGGACCGAGCUGGCCCAGAUUGUAUGGGAGCAGUGCAAGGAUUGCUUGGCUUCUGCCCUUGCAGCCUCAAAGAUCCUCAAAGAGCUGGCGAAAGAAGAGGAGGAUACGGAUCGAUCAGAAGUGAUGGAGAGCCUGGCCGAGGAGUAUGAGAAGCAUGCCAUCGGAGUCUUCACUGAGUGCUAUCGUAGAGAUGAAGAGCGAGCCCAGAAGCUGCUGACCCGUGUCUCCAAGUCCUGGGGUCACACCACCUGUGUGCGACUGGCACUGGAGGCCAAUGACCAAAACUUUGUUGCCCAGGGAGGUGUGCAGGCCCUGCUGACCAAAAUCUGGUGGGGAGAGAUGGCUGUGGACACCCGCAUGUGGAAGGUGCUGCUCUGCAUGGUCUUCUUUCCGCUCAUCUAUACUGGACUCCUUGCCUUCAGGCGGGACGAAAAGAUCCUCAAGGAGAAAGCCCGACGGGAAGUCACAAAUGGUGACAUAAUGUUGGAAAAUCCUGCUAUCCCCAAAAAAAGGUUGCCCCUUGACAAGAUGCGCCUAAAACCUCUGACAUGCAUGAGCCGCUUAAAAUAUUUCUACACAGCGCCAGUGGUGGUCUUUUACUGGAAUGUGGUCUCCUACUUUGGCUUCUUGUGGCUGUACGCCUACGUGUUGACCAUGAACUUUCAGCACAUUCCAGCGUGGGAGGAGAUUCUCCUGUACAUUUGGGUGUUCACCCUCCUCUGUGAGGAGCUCCGGCAGCUCUUCCAUGAUCCAGACAAGUUUGGGUUCCUGAAGAGGGCAGAGAUUUACAUCAGUGACUUGUGGAACAUUUUUGACGUGCUGAGCAUUUGUAUAUUUGCAGCAGGAGUGGCCUGCAGGUUGACCACUGCUGGUUUCUACGCCGGUCGGAUCAUUCUGAGCAUCGGCUUCAUCGUUUACUGUCUGCGGCUCAUGGCCAUUUUUACUGUAAAUAAAAACCUGGGGCCAAAGAUCAUCAUAGUAAAGCGCAUGCUCAAAGACAUCUUCUUCUUCCUCUUCCUGCUGGCUGUCUGGGUUGUGGCCUAUGGAGUUGCUGAGCAGGCCAUCCUCAUCGAAAACGAGUCCCGGCUGGAAUGGAUAUUCCGUGGGGUUGUGUACCAGCCCUACCUGACUAUCUUCGGACAAAUGCCCUCAAGCGUGGACAGUGUGAACUAUGGCAGCGGUCAGUGCACCACGAAUGGUACGGACCCCACCAAACCCACCUGUCCUGUUCUGGACAGUAAUGGAAACCCAGCUUUCCCUACUUGGCUGACCAUCAUUCUUCUCUGCAUCUACUUGCUCUUUGCCAACAUUUUGCUCAUCAACCUACUGAUUGCCAUGUUAAGCUACACUUUCCAGGUGGUACAGGACAACACCGACCAGAUCUGGAAGUUCCAGCGUUUUGGACUGAUUGAGGAGUACCAUGGUCGCCCUUCAUUCCCACCCCCCUUCAUAAUAUUUGGACACCUGUACUUGUUUUUCAAGCGGGUCAUCCAGAGAAAGAAGGCCAGUAGACACAAACAGUUCAAAAUAGAGCUGCCAGAGAACGAGGAGACUGGGCUUCUCUCCUGGGAGUCAUUUAUGAAGGACAGCUACCUGCUGAGACUGCAGCAGGAGCUGAGUGACACCAACGAGCAGAAGAUCCAGGACACGGCUGACAGGGUUGGUGUUUUGGCCGAAUUGCUGGAAGGUGACAGUGGCCGGCAAGUCAUUGAGAAGAGGCUGGCUCACUUGGAGGAGCAGGUGUUGAUGUCUACCAAGGCCUUGACGUGGAUCAUGAAUGCCUUGGUGGCCAAAGGCUUCGGCUCCCGGGAUGAGGCGCUGGCAGUCUUUGCGGUUGGCAAGAGUAAAGAGGCAGAGCAGAAAGAGACCUCCGAUGAGGAAGAUGACCCCGAACCUCACUAUCAUGUGAACGCCAGGCAGCUGCUUUACCCCGACUCGAAUGUGAAGCGUUUUCCUGUGCCAGAUGAGAGGGUGCCCUGGGAGAUCGACUUCAGUGCCUACAAGCCCCCAACAUACAGCGCCAAGUCAGGAUCUGCAGUCCAGAAACCAGAUGGCCAGUCUGUUCCUGCUGCUGCUGCUGGCUCUGCUCAAAGGUACAAGUGACUUGUGUGAGGCUUU